AGCCAAGUUUAAGAAAGCCUAGGUAAAAAGUGAGGAGCUUUUUCCUUAAAGAAAUAACCGUAUUUUGGAGGAAAGACUUGUGAGGUUAAGAAGAGAUCAGAAUGCAUGAGCCAAAGGAGUAAAGAAGGCCCAGUACCACUGCAACUACCUGGUUCAGGGGUUACUUGGAGUAACAUUAAAGACUUUGUAUUAGAUCUUCUCCAUUACAUCAACCCUCACCACCCCAGUACAAAAAUAGUAAAUUUCUUCAGAAAAAGAAACAAAAUGAUGAAGCAGAGUUGUAAGCAGAGAGUUUAUUGAUCUCUUGAUGAUUUUUAGCUGAAGAACAUGGGUUAUAGUCAGAUCUUUUGUGCGAUCCUCUUCAUCUUUGUACUCAUUUCAUUUCUCAACUACCAGAUUUUGAUGUCAGGUGCUUCAUUGAGUACAGUAAAUAAUUCUGUUGAACGUGGCAUGAAAGAGUUCUACUGGGUGGAAGAUAGUUCAGAAACCCAGAUUAAGAUUAGAAAGGUCUCAGGAAAUGAUGAGAAUGAAGAGAUGACGGCUUUGAUCUUAGAGAAGUUCAGAUUAUUGCGUGGACUAAACAAUGUCCACUUAAGAAGUCCAAAACAUGAUCACGUUGAACAUGGGUUCUCAGCACCUUCUCCAGCAUCAUCAAUUGAAGCUGAAGCUCCAGUUCCUGUACACUCUCAUCAUCAUCAUCCAUCACUUCAUCCAAGUCCGGCCCAGCCACCUAACAAGGCUCAAUAUGGGAAUGGGAAUAAAAGAGUUAAAAGAAGAAUUGUUAUAGCAAUUCUUGCAUCCAUUGGAGCAACGUUGGUUCUAUUUGUUCUUGGGCUCAUCUUGGCCUUGCAGAAAUUGAAAACAUGUUGUCAAAGGGGACAUGCAAGCAGAAUGGUAUCUAGAAGGAGAUCAAAAUUUGAGAAUUCCCCAAAUUCAAUAAUCAAGGUAAGUUCUAUUCCAGGCCCAGAUCUUUCUUAUUUAGAUUCAUUAGCUCCAGUUUCAAAGCUAGAAGCAUCAUGUAUAAAUCACACUUGUGAAACUUUGGCCAUAUCAACCAAACAAGAACUAUUGAAGUCUUUGUCAGAUGAGGUAGAUGGAUCAUGCAGAAAAUCGACGAAUGCAGAAUGUGAUUAUGUGAAUUGCUCUUCUGCUGAGGAAAUUCUUUCUGUCCACGCACGUGUAGAACCAAUCAAGAGUAGUAGUAAAUCUUCAUCUACCUAUGGAAGUAUUCAUCCUGAACUCCUGUCUCUUGAUGAUGAAUCAUUUCACUCGUUUUGUGAUUCAUAUUCAUCAAAUGUAAGGCUAUCCAAUGCUUCAGAAGGUGGUCUGAGUGAUCCACCCAACCACUGUUUAAGAGAACCUACGCUGCCCCACUCACCAACUCCUCCCUUGACACCGGAUCUAGAACCACCUCUAUAUUCAAAUUUGCACUCUUCUCCUGAAUCUCCAAUUGAAAUCAAGCAAAGAACAUCAAUAUCCCCUUCUUUCAAUUGUCUGCAAGAUUUACUUCCACCUCCACCACCACCACCAACUCCUCCUCCUCCUCCUCCUCCUCCUCCACCACCACCACCUAUUUUUCUGGAUUCACCUCGGCAUUCAGAUUCAUCUUCAGGAUCGAAUCAAGGCCCAACUGAAUAUGGGACUUCUUCUCCUAUUCCUACACCAAUUCAGUCUUCAAUAAUCCAAUUGGGUAGUAAUGGAAGUAUUCCUCCCCCACCAUUCCCACCUUUGCCACCUCUCUUGCCAACUCCAUUUCAAAAGGGCCAACCACCGCCACCCCCACAAUGUGUACUUCCUCGAUCUACACCAAUUGGAAAGAAUGGAGAGCCAUUGCCAAAACUAAAACCACUUCACUGGGAUAAAGUAAGAGCUGCCCCAGAUCGUUCCAUGGUGUGGGACAAGCUGAGAACAAGCUCAUUCGAAUUAGAUGAGGAAAUGAUUGAAUCACUCUUUGGGUACAAUUUCCAAAGUUCAAUUAAGAAUGAUGAAGGUAUGAGCAAGAUUUCAUCCCCAAGUAGGCACAUCCUUGAGCCUAAGAGAUUGCAGAACAUCACCAUACUAUUGAAAACCUUGAAUGCAACUAUUGAGCAAGUUUGUUAUGCACUUGUGCAAGGGGAUGGAUUGUGCUUACAGCAACUAGAGGCACUAUUGAAAAUGGUACCAACCAAAGAAGAAGAGGCCAAGCUCUCAAACUAUCAAGGAGAUGUCAAUGAACUGGGGCCAGCAGAGAGAUUUGUGAAGAUGAUGCUUGGAAUACCCUUCGGUUUUCGGAGGAUUGAGGCCAUGCUCUAUAGAGAAACUUUUGAAGAUGAGGCGGUUCAUCUCAGAAAGUCCUUUGAGAUUCUAGAGGAAGCCUGCAAGGAACUCAGAUCAAGCCAGCUAUUUCUGAUAUUACUUGAAGCUGUACUUAAAACAGGAAACAGGAUGAAUGUUGGAACAAUCAGGGGGGGUGCCAAAGCAUUCAAACUAGAUGCCCUCCUUAAGCUUGCAGAUGUGAAAGGAACUGAUGGGAAGACCACAUUACUCCAUUUUGUUGUCCAAGAAAUGAGUCGUUCAGAAGGAAUUAGAGAAUUUGAGAUCACUACAAAGAAGAGUCAUCCAAAAGUUAAGAACAAAACUAUUGAUGAAAGGGAAGAAGAUUACAGAAGAAUGGGCUUAGAUCUUGUUUCAGGCAUGAGUGCUGAACUCUGCAAUGUGAAGAAGACAGCCACCAUAGACUGGGAUGUGCUGGCGAGCUCAAUCACAACCCUAUCAGAUGGAACGAUCAAGCUGCAACAUCUAAUACACAAGGAUUUGUCUAUGGAUGCUCAAAGUGAGAAUUUCGUUCACUCUAUGAGAUCUUUCCUGAAUCAUGCAGAGAAGAGUAUCAAAGAGUUACAGGAAGAUGAAGAUCGAGUCCUAUCACAUGUGAGAGACAUCACAGAAUAUUUUCAUGGAGAUGUGGGCAAACAUGAAGCUAAUCCACUUGAGAUUUUUAUGAUUGUGGGAGACUUCCUGGGUAUGUUAAAUGAAGUCUGUAAUGAGCUUAGAAGCUUGAAGACCCCAAGUGGUCAAAACUCUGUGGCUCCUUUCCGAUAGAUAAGAUCAAUCUGUAGGUUUAUAAUUAUAAAUGUAUAGACUUUUUGUAUGAGAUCUCUGUUUUUUACCUUUUUUCUGGGUAUUCAAUUGCUUUCAUCCAACUGUUCAUGUGUCUACAUUUUCAAUCAAGCAAACAUUGUGACUGUUGAUGUAGCUACUAAUAUCAUCUUCAACCAGAUUGAUUUGAAAUUAA